AUGGAGAUGACCACUAGUUUUUACAAGACCCUAGCUAACCAGAAAACAGUCCAGGUGACAACCGAUACGUACAUGCAUUUCUGGAAUGAAUGCAACAAAGUAGUUGACUGUUAUAAUGGUUUGGGAGCGCAAGUCUCCAGUUCCAGUGACGAAGAGUACUACUCCGCGCUGAUGAACUACUUCUGGGAUACGGUUUACCCCGCGUGCAAGGUGUUCCACUUCAGAACCACCAACUUUUAUCACUGCCUUAACCAGGUGAGAUCUUUAUUUCGAUGAACAAUUCUAAUGAACGGUCUUUCAGAUGAACUUGAACUUUAUGGGAGUUAAAGAAAUGAACGAGGAUGGAGUUGAUUGCGAGCUGAACGAUCGAGAGUUCUUCCGUCUGUUCCAGGUCGUCAGAAGAGAGUGCGGAGAGGACGCCGUCGUCGAAAUGAUGAUCAAUCAGAAGCUGGCCAAGGCAGUCGCAUGUCCGGGUUUCAAAUAG